CCUGAUAUAGACGGUGUUUUUAAAGCUGGAACACGAAUUAGAAUCGAUAUUUCUUCGAAAACGGACGCUAUCGAUAACUAUAACUCGAAUCGCCCAUGUAAACAAAGGAGGAUCUUUCGUUUUUCCCCUAUUUUUUCGUUGUUUUGGAUUAAAAAGUGGGAUGCAUUUUGAAGAGUGGACCCUUCUCUUGAAAUGUUACGCUGGUGUUUCUUGGAUUAGUCCGAGCUGACCAGAGCUACAGGCGAUGAAACCGUUUAUAUGCCGAGGAGGAGUCUAGCCGACAAGACUCUGAAGGACUGAACUAGGAAGGACGCAGCCUCGGUAGGAUCCAGCCUUCCGUUUGAGAAACACCUACCUAGUGACUUCAGUUGGUGUUUUCUGUCUCCAGGCAGGUAGGUGGCGGUAGUGCGCGUCUCAGUCGGGUGCGCGCGCAGAUCAAAUCUGAAGAAGAAGACGCUGCGCUGACUGUUGUCUGGUCGCUUGUGCUUCCUAUGCUAGGCCUCGAAACGAAAUUGAAAUAGUUCAAAGAUGAAAUAUUCAAACAUUAUCUCAGACGAUAUUUCCCUGUAAGGUAAGUUUAAAAUAAUGUUUUUCCACUAGCUCCUAUUUUGACUUGUGUAAAUAAGGGUAAAGUCGUGAUAUUGAAUAUAUAGGCUAAACGAGCAUGAGCGCUAUUUUCACAUUGUCAGUCCAAAUCCGAUUAUUUGUGUAUGCGAUUGGCAUUAAUGUAAAAUUGUUGUUAGGCCACACUGUUGCUCAGAUCCAGUUUACUUGGGUAAAGUUGGUUUUAUUUUGGCACAUUCGGACUAUUGCAUUCAAUUACUUUGUUAAUCACACUACAUUGGACAUUCACAAAUAAAUAUGACAUUAAAACAAUACUUGGCCAUUUUGAUUGAUUGUGAAAAAACAUUUAGUAGGUUGACAAUGAUGUCACUGAUUAGAAUUUGCAAAAAAUAGCUUUAUUGCACAUAUAAUUAGAAAGUUAUUGAACGUGGAAAUGUGUGAAUGUUGUGAAUGUGCGAAUAUAAAACCAACUUUACCCGAGUCAAAGACGUGGCGUUAACAGUUUGUGAGUCAUUGACUGUGUGAUUAACAGGUAAGCAGUGGGAUUCAUCUGCUGUGUCAGGUGCAAGACCACACCAUCUGCUGACCAACACAACUGUGUGUGUACAUUUCUGUCUUGCAGCACUUUUCAGCUUUAGGGCACACAUCGAUAAUGGCAGAAAUGAUCGGAGGUUUGAACCUGGUGUUACUGGGAAGAACAGGAAUUGGGAAAAGUGCUUCAGGAAACACAAUACUGGGACGAGAAGCUUUCAAAUCAAAGAAGAGCUCUACGUCAGUCACACGAGACGUAGCUGUGGAGUCUGGGACUGUCUGUGGACGACGGCUCACUGUUUAUGACACACCAGGACUGUUUAACACAGAGAUGAGUGAAGAUGAGAUUCAGCAGAAAUACAAAGAGGUUCUUCAGAGAUGUGAAUCAGGUCCCUGUAUGUUUCUGCUGGUGAUCAAAGCUGACAGAUUCACUGGGAAAGAGAGGAAAAGUGUGGAGAAGAUUGAGCAGCUGCUGGGAGGCGAGCGCCUGAAGAAAACCUGGAUUCUCUUCACCAGAGGAGACGAACUGGAGGAAGAAAACAUGACUAUACAAGAAUAUAUUAAUCUGUCUGAGCCACUGAAGAAAGUCGUUCAGAAAUAUGAUCAGAGAUACCACGUGUUCAACAACAAGACGAGAGGACCGAGUGAACAAGCUAGACUGCUACUUGUAAAAAUUACUCAGAGCUUGAAAGACGCUCCUGCUGACAGACGUUUAUCCAGACGGAUUGUUCUUCUGGGUAAAACUGGAGUUGGGAAGAGUGCAGCUGGAAACACAAUCCUGGGACAGAAAGAGUUCAGAUCUGUGAUAAGUACAAAUUCAGUGACGCAUAAAUCCUCAGUUGUUCACGCCACUGUUUCAUGCAGAUCUGUGUCUGUAGUGGAUACUCCUGGAUUCUUUGACACACAGAUGAAUCCUGACGACUCAUUGACAGAGAUAGCCAGAAGUGUUUAUAUAUCCAGUCCUGGACCUCACGCUUUUCUCAUUGUGUUUCCUGUGAUUAUGUGGUUCACUGAACAUGAGCAGCAGAUUCCUCAGAAGAUUGAGAUGAUGUUUGGUGAGGGAGUGUUAAAAUACUCCUUCAUUCUCUUCACUCAUGGAGAUCUGCUGGAAGAAGAGUCAGUAGAGAAACUCAUUGAGCAGAACAGUAGAUUAAAAGAUCUAGUUCAGAAGUGUGGAGGCAGAUAUCACGUCUUCAACAAUAAAGAUCUGAAUAACAGAGAGCAGGUGAAUGAUCUCCUCCAGAAGAUUGACUCAAUGAUAGAGCAGAAUGGAGGAAGACACUACAGUAAUCAGAUGUACAAAGAUGCUCAGAGAAUCAGACGAGAGGAAGAAGAGCAGAGACAGAGAGAUGAAGAGCAGAGAAAACAACAAGAGGAGAGACAAAUACAAGAGAAGAUUGAGAGAGUGAAGAAAGAGACAGAGAAGAGACUCCGGGCAGAGUAUGAUGUUAGAUCUGAACGAGAAAGACUUCGAGCGGAGAGACAGAGAGAUGAAGAGAAGAUGAAACAAAAAGAGGAGAAACAAAAAGACACCUGUGUCUGUAGUUGAUAAUCUUGAUGUGUAAUAUUUUCUCGUGAAAGGAGACAGAAGAGAAAACCAUAACGGGGUAGAAAAAGUGUAGUUCUGCAUCAUUUACCUUUCUCUGGAGCUGAUGAUGCAGUUGACACACUGAUCUCUGUGCUCCAGCUGAAGAGCAAUAGAGAGUAAAAUGCUGUCAUACAGCAGAAGAACUAGAAAUGAACUGGAUCCAAUGCACUGGAUUUGCAGCAGUCAGAGCAGAAGCUGCACAUCUUUUAACCCAUUUCUGUCAGAGCUAUUCAGCAUCUCAGCACAUCUGAACACUGGUGAUUUUCAGUGUUUCAGGAUGCAUGAUGCAGACAAGACCAAUGUCUAGCUGGUUUGAGGAGGUUGAACGAUAAUUCUUCAGGCAUUGCCCAGCCUGUCUUCUGACAUUCUGCAACAGAUCGCUUCCAGUCUUCAAAGCUCAGGACUCCAAUGCAAAGAAGACCUUAAGGAUAUUUUACCUGUAAUUCAAAUCAGAAAGCUCCUUCAAAUGUUUAAAUCAGAAACAGAGAUGGUCACGCUGAAUUUACAAGUACUACCAGCUCCAUCAGCGUCUUCUUCAACUUCUCCGUCAACUUGCAUCUCACUCAGAGACUUCCAGGCCAAGCCAGACCUCUACACAAAUGGACAGCAUUUCCAAGACGUGGGCUGAAACUUUUCAAGUCCCUUGGGACAACAUGCCUCCUGAAAUCUGAACAGCAAUUUCUACAGGAAAAAGAGCGAAACCUGCAGAAAGGCGCCAAAUGGUUAGAGUUUUGGUUGACGAGAUGCGCAAGUUUGAACUUAGCCCAGCACGUGCCCAGUGUCUUACAAUCUGUCAAAAGAUUGUAAGGGAGUACCCUAACACUUUUGGAGACAAAUUUCCAAAUGGCUCAUUCAUAGGAGGGGGAUAUACAUCACUCCUAAUUCAAGUGAAGACUCGAGUUGAAAAUUUGAACCAUGAGAGCAGCUUUGUCUGUCAUAGAGCAAAGCCAAACUCAGGAUGCAAAAGAGGACCAACGGACACCUAUGGCUGUGUGAGAUUUGAACCGCAGCUUCCACCCGAAGAGACAGCAGAGACAAUAGAGUCCAAAUGUAAAAGACUACAGGACAUUUAGAGAGCUACAUUCAGUCUUUUACGUCAGCAAUUAAAUUCCAUGUCAGCACCUUCAGUUGAAGACAUUAGGAGCCAGUGGCCAUACCUCUUCCACCAGAAGUCUAUCUGUGCCCACUUCAAGUUGCUCACUGACGUUGAUGUUCUGAAUGCUUUUGAGAUGUCCACGAUUGAAUGUGGUAAGGCUAUCAUUGAGUACUUCAAGAACAAAUCAAAGAAUGAAAAGGUGAAGGAUGUCCUGUCCCAGUCUGGAAACACAGAGAUGGCUCUCCUGCAUGUCAAGCUUCUAAUGUCCCAUUUUCAGGAACAUGAAGAUGGACUGGUGUUGCAUGCAGAUGUUGCUGCAUCUGAUGCUGAUAUUGAGAAGAAACUUAAUCUACCUGCAAGUCCUCGUCUCAUUUUGCUGGGUAUGGCAGAGGAGACAAAUGCUGUAAGAUGGAUGAUAAGCCUAGAGGGCCAUGUCAUUUGUGAUUGUGUCCAGUCACCAUUUGUCACUGCACUUGCUACGCUGUUUGCUGUGUACUACGUAUUCAACCUGCAGUAUCAAGAGGAGGCUUCUUGCACAUUGGAGUUUCUUCAAAGACGCUUUGUUGGAAUAAACCCAGAAAGAGGCUCAAAGACCGGCAGAGGCAAGGUGGUGAAUAAAAAGUCUGCAACAGUUAAUCCAAAGGUUGCCUCUCUCCUGAAAAAUCUUGUGGAUUUCGAAUGGGAUUUCAUCUAGACUAUACCUGCAUCAGUUUGAAGAUUCUGGAAUGUUUUUGGCCUGUUCCUGUUCCAGUUACUUGCCAGAUUUUUAUCUUUUGCUGCGAUCAAAACAUCAUCCACAUACCGAAGCAAUGCUGUACCUGGUGUCAGCUGCAAUGGUUCUAAGCUCCUUCUCAGUGCUUCAUUAAAUAUUGUUGGCGAUUCUGAAUAGCCCUGGCAGAGCCUUGUGAAAGUAAAAGCAAACCAAUAUUAGCUGUCUUUGUGAACUGGCACAGAGAAGAAAGGAUUAGAUAGAUCAAUAACUGAAAACCACUCAGCAUCGCUUGGCACUUCUGACAAAAUUGUAUAUGGAUUUGGAACAUUUGGAGCUCGUGCUUGAACUGCUUCAUUCACGGCCUGCAGAUCUUGCACAAAGUGCCACUCUGUUGGUUGGCCUGCGUCCCUUAUCUUUUUGACAGAGAAGAUAGGUGUACGCACAGGAGAAUUCUCCAGGUCACAAUUAUCCCAGCUGCUCUUAAUGAUUCAAAAACUGGUGUUAUACCUUCAAUAGCCUCCUUGAGGAGGCUUACAUGGUCUGUAAUCAGAUUUUGGAGUGAUUUUAACUGGUUCACAAUUUUUAAUCAGCCCCACAUCAAAUUGAGGUGAAGCCCAAAGUGUUUUAGGGACUUCUUUGAGGGCAGGAAUAGCAACAGCUUCAUUCUCUGUGAGAAAACAGUGAUCUGCUACUGCGCAAUCAAUCACACAGACUGUGGGUACAGCUUUAACAGCAGACUCAUGCAAACACCUUCGGUAUGCAGACAGCAUUGGAUUGUAUUCAACAUUUUCCUCUGCUGUCCCCACCCAAUUCACAUCUUUACAAAUAAACCAAUGUCAAACCAAUUGUUCUUUUUGGACAAUGAGACGUGGAAGAGAAUCAAAAAACUUUUGCUGCUGAUUUCUCAGCUCAACAGUAACAGCACAUUUGUUUUCUAUCCAGAUUAACCAUUUCAAGUCUAUCGUGUCUAUACAUUGAAACCAUUUCAUCUCUUCCAAAUGAUACAUGUGCUAGAAUUAGGUGAAACUCUGUCUUUUGCAGCAUUGACAAGUUUUUUUUCCACACAAUUCAUCAUCUUUCAGUUUCCACUGCUAAAUGUACAACUGUGAUUGUUGGAUUGUGGCUAAAGUUUGAAUUUGGCAUUGGACCACUUGAAUUCCAUCUGGGCUAGCUAACAGAGAAAAACCCAGUUUGCACAUUAAAUCUCUUCCUAACAAAUUUUGAGGGCAGUUUUCUGACAGUAGGAAACAAUGUUUAAAGCUCAUGCCAUUCUCAUCCUCACAUCUCAAUGGUAAAGUGAAAUUCUCUGACAGUAUGACCAGAUGCAGAAGUUGAACAGAAGUUGCACUUAAUUUUGGCAUUGGAUCUAUUUCAUCCAUUCUGAUUACAGAAUUGCUAGCCCCGCUAUCAGCCAGAAAGGUAAUUUCAACUCCUCCUACCCAUAAUCUAAUUUGUGGCAUUUGUUUAUAUGCUAAAUCAUUCAAAUUACUAUAUGUGCCUAUUUUCUUGUCAAGAGAAGAUUUGUCAUUUUCUAGUCUUGCAAUGUGAUCAUGUAUCAGAGCAAGCAUAUUUACUUCAUUGCAGUUAGCUGGGUUAGAAGUGUGUGUGCGUUUUGUUCUUAUCUGAUUCUGCUGCGUGGCCUCGGUGGACUUUGCUCCUGACUCCCCCCUCCUUCUCUGAUUUCUGCUGUGAAAUUCUCUGUUGUCAGUCCGUCUUUGCCUUUGCCGGUCCAGCCUCCACUCAACCCAUCAAAGCUGGGCACUCCGACUUCCAGUGUUCUCUCUCUCAGCAGUAAUAACAAACAUCUGGAUCGAUCUGAGACAGUCCUUGUCCUCUGCCUCUCCCACAUCCCCUCUCCUCGGCCUCUGUUCCUCGUCUCGGUGGGCCUUUGUGCAUCGUCAGAGUUGUCAGUUGAAGCUCUUUCACCUUUUUCUUUCCCCCUCUUUCUUCCAGCAGUCUUUCUGCGUGGAGAGCAUGCUGUCUAAUCCUUUCCUUAAGCUAUCUCAGGUUUCAGUCCACUCAUGAAGCUGCUUCGCGGAUGAGAUUCCCAUAUCUGUGGAAUGUCUCCUCUCUCAUUUCGUUCCAGUAAUGCAGAAGUUGAUUUUGGUGGUGUUCACUCUGACUGGAAAAUCAGUCUUGAUCCGUUGACACAGUGUUUCCACCGCUUGACGAUAUGCUUCAUUGUCGGUGUGAUUCCAGUCUACGUUCUUCCUUUGGGUGUUGCCCGUGGGGAAAUGUGGUCUUAUUUUGUGCCAGUCUGUGGCCCCCAGUUUGAGCAUAAGCAAAGUUUCAGUUCUUGCAUGGUGGGACAAAAUUAUUGACAGAACAAGUCCAAGUCAUUUGCAAACUUUUCUCCAGAGUCUUUGUGGUGAAGCAGGUGUGUCAUAGCCUCUUUGAAGUCUCUGUCAUUCCAUGGCUGGAAAACCAUUACAGUUCCAUCCGGUCCAGCCACUUGAAUCAUGGGGAAAGCUCCGACGUGCUCUCCUCUUUCCUCCCGUUCAUCCUCGUUCAGGCUGUCCGGUUACAGUGUCACUUUCUCAUGAGCUUUAGAUCUGGAGCUUACUCCAUUCACGGAGUAUUUUAUUGCUCUGAUGCGAGCACCGGUGCGGUUGCAGCUGCGCUGUAGGAUGGAGGCAGCGGUGGUGGUGGCUGUGGUAAUUGAAUCUGAAGCUGCUGUGGCAUUUGUCGAUAGGGGUGAGGCCAGGAGUCUAAAUCAAAGUCCACUUUGGCACACUGCAGUUCUCUAAGGGGAUAAAGAGAAGAAUUUUGAGCAGUAUGAUCUGAUCUUUUGUCAGCCCUUGCUGCAGAGUUAGCAAUUUUUUGUUCGUUUCCAAAUGACAGCUCCUUUGAAGCCUGCCUUUUUUCUCGGCGUUCUGCUUCUUCAACCCAGUAAGCUUUUUCUUAUCUUUUAAUUUGUUUUCACAUUUUUCCAAGCUCUCUUUUACUCUGUUCAGAGCCAUUAUGCUAAACGUAUCCCUUUUUGGAAAACCAUGAUUCUCAACCCACUCGGGUAUCACUUCCAUGAUUCUUUUCCCAUAUUUCUUUUUCAUUUCAUUAUAAAUUGGACUGUCCAAAUCAUCUAGAUCGAUCUUAGACUUGACAUUUCCAGACCCCAUUUUUGCAAUACAAGACUUUACCUGGAACGCGUCCUCUUUCCCUCACAUGUGAUCGUCACCACCGUAUGGCUUCGCACUUACUCGCACGUAGUCUUGUCACCCCCUUGUCUUACUUCCUUGCAAGACGGACCUGCUUACUUGCAGACCUCUUUUUCACUUACCCGUGAAAAAACCCGUUUCACUUACUCGUGAAACCAAUGGAUGGCUCAGCCUUGCAUCAUAAAGUCUGGGAAUAUCAAACCUCAAUUUACCAAAUUAAAACCCACUUUGAAUAAAAAUGAAUUAUUUUAAGUUUUAAGACAAUUGGAAUUUCAAAAUCAGUCUCACUGUUUGUAGCACGUUUUUUCUGAUCCAUUGAGAAACCAGCAGUGAAGGUCCAAAGCCCUCAGACGUCAGUCGCCUCUUCCCUGAAACCUUUCGAGGUUUAGGACUAAACCCUUUGUGGGUGUAGGGUGAUCAGCCAACUAACGUCCUCUGGUCCCGGACGAUCAGCUGUGGAGUCCCAUCACUCGUCACCAGUUAAGAGUGGGGCUAGUGCGCGGGCCCAUUCCGCUGGAUCCCAUCCCUCCAUAGUCGCCGUGUUCUCGAACAUUUGUAAGUAGGCCUCCACGUCAUCAUGCGCCGUCAUUUUUGGCAGGAGCUGGGUGGCUUGAACUCGCGGAUCCGGUAACGGAACGCGCUGGCAGGCGGCCGUGCGGAGAGCGGCGAUUUCCUGGUCAGUCUGGCCCUGACGGCUGACCAGAUGUUCCAUAAUCUGCUGCUGGCGCAGGCUGACUUCGGUGAGGUGCCGGAGAAGUUCUUCCAUCCUUAAGGGGGAGGAGUAUCUGCCGUCCUGGAAGUGCACAGAAACAGAAGAAAAAAAAGGAGGGGUUGAACCGCGUGUAUCACUUGUCGGUGAAACUUCCGAUCAUGCCCGCAUUCUCCACCACUGUGACGGGGCGGAAGAAUCACGCGACAAGGAGUGCUCAAAUAAAGACCCCGGAGGGUGGAUUUAUUCACAAACUGUGUCAGUGUAAAGUGAGAGGUGGCAGGCUGGCGUGAAAUAGUGCUCUCGGGCGUUCUCUCCCGGUGCGAAGUGUGCGUCGUGCGGCUCUCGUCAGAGCGGGGUCGGUCACUCGCUGGGUUCUGGGAGGAAGAAAGAGAAAGCACAUUAGUCCUCAGCCUGAGCGAACUCUCCCUAUCCCGCAGCCUCACACGGCUUAUCUGGCCGCGGGCUGACGAGCUUCAGUAUAUAUAUAUAUUCGUGUAUAUAUUUAAAACGUAAUUUAUUCCU